UGAAACGUCUUAUUCUACAGCUUUGAACAUGGAUCCUCAUUUUACCAAUGAAAUUCAUAACUCUGCACGAAAAUAUUAUCGUCUUGCAUGUCUUCGAGGAAAGUCACUUGAACCGUAUGCAACUCAGAAUGCAAUCUUAACACUCAUUAGUCCAACAAAAGAUAAAGAAGUAAUCAUUCAUUUAUCAAAAGAACAUCAACGUUAUUGUCCAAUUUAUAAAUUUACUAGUGUUGAUGGAUUAUAUGUGGCACAUGUUGGUCAAAUUCAAAAAGAAUUAAUUGGCGUAAAGCGAUUUUAUUCUUUUCUUAGACAUACUGUAAAAUUGGAUUCUAGCGAAAAUCAUUUACCAAACAUAGUGGCAUUGAAAGCGGUGGCUCAUAAAGUUGAAUUGAAUUAUGUUGAUCCAUUAAAGGAAUUUCUUAAUGUUGUUUAUGAUAAAGAAAAUGAAGAAUUUACGGAGAUUUUUGUAGAAAUAGGCAAGUAA